UGCGCAGUAUUGUCUACGCGUUUCCCUAAGGCCUUUACGCCAGGACUCGGUCUCGAAUUGUGUUAUUAAAACAUACUACUGUAUUUAUUCUGACUAAUGUGUUAAUGUGAACAUUGCGAGCUGUGUAAAAGUACAGGAAACUACAAAAGAUGGAAAUCGGGACAGAGAUCAGCAAGAAAAUACGGGCUGCCAUUAAAGGGAAGCUACAGGAGCUGGGAGCCUAUGUUGAUGAGGAGCUUCCUGAUUACAUCAUGGUGAUGGUGGCUAAUAAGAAGAACGCACAGCAGAUGGCGGAUGAUCUCUCCCUGUUCCUGGGCAAUAACACCAUCAAGUUUACUGUCUGGUUACACGGAGUGCUGGAUAAACUCCGAUCUGCUGCAGUCGAGCCCACCUCUGUUCGCCCGAAACUCCACCAUUCUGAUGCCACCACAUCUAGAGAGAAGCGCAAAGGGGAGGAGUCUCGAGCCCACGCUGUGUCCAGCUCACGCUCUGAUAGGCUAGAAAGAAGGGUUUCUAGCUCUGCCCACGAGCACCAUGACAGGAGAGGUUCCUCGGACAGGUGCUCCUCCUCCAGACUUACCUCCGCUGUCAAACCUCUGGUUGAACCUUUCUCAGCUGAAGCGGUCAUCGACAUCAAACCUGAUCUGGAAAAUGAUGAUCUCAUUACCGAAGACGCUGGAGUCAUGACAUCUGGGAGGCUUCAGUCUCUAACCAGCAGGUCAAACGUUCAGGGUUCAGGACGAGCUACGGAGAGUAACAGGUCAUCCGAGGUCAUGAGAGGACAUGAAAGGUCAAGUUCUGCAUAUGGACGUAGCUACAGGGAGGGAAGCUGCAAGGAGGAGCUGUCGCGGAAACGGAAAGCACCAGUUGCAAGCUCUGUAGUUCGGGUUCAGAAAGGUUAUGAUCGGCUCAUGGGAAGUGCAGAGAAUGAGGACGAUGAAGACGAGGAGGACUACGGCCUGCCCAGUCGAGUUUCCCUUCCAGCGAAACCAGAGCGCAGACCCACUCUGCCUCCAGCCAAGCAAGCUAACAAGAAUCUGAUCCUGAAGGCUAUAUCUGAAGCUCAGGAGUCCAUCAGCAAGACCACCGCUCCAUACACAAUUCCACAGAGACAGACCGUCCCCGUGGCACCGAGGACACGCUCAGGAAGUGACGAAAUGAACAGAGCUGCUAUUCGGUUGGUCCAGGAACACCUGCAUACUGCAUACAUUUUCCCACAGGAACCACGACACGUCCGGCAGAAUGUCCAGACGUGUUCUUUAGCCUCGCGACUGCAGGAGUUUCCAGACGUUGACACCAGAGAAAACCAGGGCGAGUUCGUUUCCGCUCCAGAGCUUCAUCUUUUGGAGGCAACAAGACUGAAAGCUCUGGACACUCGCUCCUUCAUCAUGAGAAAACCUGAGCUUGAGCAGGCACCACCAGUCAGGAGCAGGCUGGAACCUGUCGUGCUAGAGGAGGCUCCAUCCUCCACCCCUCGCACUGUGCAGACCAGAGAGAGAUCAGACUGCAGUCCCAAGUUCAUUGUGACGUUAGACGGAGUGCCGAGUCCUAUGGCUGGUCUGACUGAUCAGGACAUGGAGACAGAAGAUGCUCCAAUGACCAACACCACUCUUAAACUUUCUGUACAGCAAACAACCAAACCUGUAGGGAAUCUUAACCUGACACCUGAAAUCCAGUACGAUGAAGCAGAUGAUGAAGGGUUGGAGGAAGAGGAGCAGAUGGAGCAGGAACCGUUACAAGUAAAGAGACAGAAGGUGGUGGAGCGAUGCAGGUUUUGGCCGGCGUGUAAGAGUGGAGAUCAGUGUGUGUAUCAUCAUCCAACAACACAGUGCAGGAUGUUUCCUAACUGUGUGUUUGGGGAGAAGUGUCUGUACAUCCAUCCCAACUGUAAAUACGAUGCCAAGUGUUCCAAACCCGACUGCCCGUACACUCAUGUCAGCCGAAGAGCCCCGCAGCAGCCUCCCAAACCAGUUCAGUCUCAGUCCAGCAGUGUGUGCCGUUUCUUUCCUGACUGUAAGAGGGCUGACUGCACCUUCUACCAUCCAAAACCGUGUCGGUUUGCGGCGCAUUGCAAGCGUGCUGGUUGCACCUUCUACCAUCCAGCAGCACCAGUGCCACCCCGACAUGCCCUGAAGUGGAUUAAAGCUCAGGCCAGCUGAAAGAAGAAUGUCCGGUGAGGAGCCUGAACUACUCUGAAGUGCAGAAUGUGUUAUUGAUUUUCAGUUUUUGAUGCUUGUAUGAUUUUAAUUCAUUCAGUUCUAUUUCCAGUGUGUUUUUCUAAUGUACACGAAACAGAUUUUUGUAGAAAAAUGCAGAAAAUGAAACAAUCUUGCAUUAAAAAUCACGUGUGAACUA